AGCACUGUGUAAAUUGUUCUCACAAGUGUCGCACGAUAAAGGCCAAACAGUUCUUACAAAAGACGCCGACAGUCAUGUGAGACUGGAGUUUGUCUUGUGACCAGUUCAUUCAACCGAACUACAACUGAAUACGAUUACACACCUCAUGAGCAGCUCAUUAACAAAACGAACUACAGGAAGGGGGCAGUGAUACUUGUCUAGUCAGCGUUCUGAGUUUUAUAUCUUUGUUUCUUUCGUAGAUAUGACGGAGCUUGCCGCAGCAGAUGAGAUAUCUUCUAGCCCUUCUUCUGGGUACAAUUCAGACGACGACAAUGAAAGAAUCCCGCUGCUUGGAACCGACAAGGGCCCCACAACAACACGGGACAGAAAACCGCCGUUCGGGCCUAUCAUAGGGAUAUUUUCCAUCGAGGUUUGCGAGAGAGUGGCGUACUACGCUACCGUGGCCAACUUGGUGUUGUUCUGUACAAGGGAUCUGUAUUAUACCAGUACGGAGGCAGUCACGCUUAGUCUGUUGUUUACCGGACUGGGAUGCACCGUGCCGCCGCUAGGAGGCGUGCUUGCCGACAGCCUGAUCGGAAAGUACCGAGCGAUCUGUGCCACCGCGUUUCUCCAUUUUGUAGGAAUGGCUUGCAUGGUCGCAGUCGCCUUCCCGUUCGAAUCUUACUUCGGGCCGGAAAACUCCCCCAGUAAGGAGACGCUGGACUCCAUUUUCCCGGCCGCUCUCGUCGUCGUCGCCAUAGCAACGGGAGGGAUCAAAGCCAACGUCUCUCCCUUCGCGGCGCAGCAAGCGCAAGGGAUGAUGGGAGCACAAAUGGAACGAUCGUUUUUUAAUUGGUAUUUCUGGUUUCUGAACGUCGGUACGUUUUUCUCCAUCGCUGUCCUUUCUUACGUCGAGCAGGACGUCGCUUUCUGGAUUGGAUUUCUAGUGCCUACAAUCCUCAUGUUCUGCGCAUGCGCCAACCUGAUGCUUAUGGGCUGUUUGGGCAAGGUUUACAAGGAUUCGCCAAACGGUAUUGUGUUGUUGAAGACCUUUAAGAUCCUGUUCCUGGCAGCGGGAAGCGUGUGUAACCGCAGGCGGGCGGUGGGAUGUCUGGACUCCGUCAAACUGGAGCACGGCGGCCGCUACCCGGGAGAGGACGUGGAAGACGUGAAGAAGUUGGGAAGAAUCCUGCCGGUCUUUCUACUACAGAUCAUGUACAGAACUGUGUUUUUCCAGAUGCAGACGACGUAUUUUCUUCAGGGUGAAAGAAUGAAUCUAAACUUUGGUAGUUUCGAGCUCCCCGUGGCCGCCCUGAACCUGUUCUAUGUGGUGACCGUUCUGCUGUUCGUGCCCCUGAUGGACAGGGUGGUGUACCCCGCCAUGGACAGGUGCAGAAUCAACCUGCCGCUGCUCAAGAGAAUAGGUAUCGGCAUGACUCUGGGGAUGGUUUCCGUGGCCUGGGCCGCCAUGGUGGAGAUGCUCCGGAAGCACACCUUGGUGUCGCCAGGGGGCGCUUUCCAACAGGACGUAGGCGGGGAGCGGUUCACGGCCGCGAACAUGUGCAUCCUGUGGCAGAUCCCGCAGUUCGCACUGGUGGGCUGCGGGGAGGUGUUCGUCAUGGCCGCAGGCAGCCAGUUCGCCUAUUCCCAGGCUCCGAAAUCACUACGCGGUGUGGUGUUCGGGUGUUUCGCCUUGACCUUCGCCUUCGGAAGUUUCUUCGGCUCCAUUUUGGUGGACCCCUUUCCUUUUUGUCAUCCAUUCCGUAUAUUUCUAGGUGCGGAAUGGCUACCGGACGAACUGAAUGACGGUCACGCUGACUACUUCUUUCUCCUGCUGAGCGGACUCAUGGCGGUCAACCUGCUCAUCUUUGCCUACGUCGCCACACAUUACACCUACGUCACGGCCGAAAACGCUGACGUCGACAAACACGCAGAUGUUGAUGACGUAAAUCAUUCGGACAACGCCGAUUCACUGAAAACAAGUUUGAUUGAGUCACUCGAUAUGACUGCCUGACUAACUCCAGUUACAAUAUGUUAAGGCGUCAGGAAAUGUCAAUUACGUAUAUCUUUGGUUCGUUUGAAUAAAAAAUUAAUUUCAAUCGACUCUUUCUCGCUAAUAGUAUUUCCGCAGAAACGUUACCAUGACGUAAAAUUGACACGUUAAAUUUUCACUUUUGUUAGGAAUGUUUCUAGUGUUGUUUGCAUUUGUUUAGUUGACAGGAAUUGGACUUUGUCAAGCAUU